AUGGAUCCAACUACAACGACUUUGUCCAAGGACGAAGUGGCCUUACGAAUCCAAGAGAACUGGAGAGCUAAGAACCCGGAUGACGCUGUACCCGAAGGAAGUUCUUAUGUAGAUGAUGGACUGACCAGUUUAAAUUGGUUACAGAAUCUUAAUAUUAUGACCAAGCUAGGAGCCCCUACUCCUCCUACGCCUCCCGCUAGUCCCCUGCCUCAGUUUUUCCUCAAAGAUGAUGAUAAAUUCGGUCCCGAAGAAAGAUGCGAGAAAUCUAUCGAGGACAUUGAUUACAAGACGAAUGGAUCCCUCAAGCCUCCAUUUUCUUACGCCACUCUUAUAUGCAUGGCAAUGAAGGCUAAUAAAAACAAGAUGACCCUGUCUUCGAUUUAUAAGUGGAUACGAGAGAACUUCCUGUAUUACAGAAACGCUGACCCCAGCUGGCAGAAUUCCAUCAGACACAACCUGUCUUUGAACAAGAGUUUCGUCAAAGUCCCUCGCAGUAAGGACGAACCCGGGAAAGGAGGAUUCUGGAAACUGGACCCUAACUACGCCAAAUCGCUGGUAGAUGGCGUCUUCAAGAAGCGUCGUUCAACAGAGAAACAGGUAAAUAACGGGUUUCUAAAGAAAUCCCGAAAAAUUAAAAGUACCACGCAUUCAGCUGAGAACUGGAAACAACGUUUACCAGACGUCGUCCAGGAUACGCCACCAGGGUCAAGUGGAGAAGCCGAUAGUCUGGUCCACACUAUAGGGAGUUUAACAGCAGCGCCUCCACGCGGCCGUUCCCCAGUAAUGAACGUAGAAACUAUUGACUAUAACAAAGCGACUCCUAGAGGCCAAGAAGGUAUGUACAACAUAGACGAAAGUAUACAGGAUGACCUUAAUGUUCUUUUAAACUAUUCGUACACUGAAAUGGAGAUGCUUCAGUCUUCUGAAACCCCAGUUAGCGAGUGUCAAAAUUUUCUUUCUUCUCAGCCUCUGAUCUUAGACGAUGACUUCUUCCCUUCUGAAACGAACGACUCCCCUCUUCCUAGUGAUUUAGACCUGUUACCUGCGUCCACAGCAGAUACCCUUCAUUUUACUGACCAGGUUUCGACUCUCUUUUCUUCUGAUUGGUGGUCAGGCUUCCAGCAAACUCAGAACGAUCUCCUAUACCUGAAGCCCUCUCUGCUCAACUUCUCUUCGUCCAACCCAAACCAUCUCGGUGAAGGCUCGAACAUCCUAUACCCUCCAGGGUUGUGUCUACCAGCAAGCCCCACGUGUGCCAAUUUUGACCAGCAGAUGGCAGCACCAGAAACGAGUAAUCAACCGUGGGCUGACUGCAAGGCCGCUAUAGAAGCUGCUGCCCUCGAUCUUGAGAGUUUUAAUGAUUAUGAUACCAAUCGUGUUUUUUAA